CACGGGAGCCACAGGACGGAGCUCGGGCGGAGAGGAGAGCGCGGAACAGCCGCAGGUCACUGACAGCUGGGGCCAUCGGAGCCGCUGGGUGAUGAAGAGCUCUGUGCUGUGAGUGAACAAAGGACCUGGAGACACAGGAGUGGCUUCCAGAGCAUCACCUCAGCAGCUCAGCCCGUGGAGGGGAGAACUUGUGAUCUGUUUGUGCUGACCCCAGAAGGCUGAGCAAAGCAUCAUGAGCAGCCAUCAGCCAGUAAAAAUCUUCAAGAAAUCUUCUAUCCCAGGAGUUGUUGUCACUCAGUUUGUGAAUGAUGUUCCACAAGGAUGCAGUACACCUGAUUUUGAGAAGAAACCCCUCACUCUGACACUGCAGGAAGGUAAAAAUGCCAUUUUCAGAGCUGUGGUCAAAGGUGUCCCAACUCCUGAGGUGAAAUGGUCACGUACACGGAAAGCAAUGGAUGAUUCUGCCAAAUACGAAAUGUCCUUCAAUGGUGCCACAAAUGAAUUCAUUCUGCAGAUCAGGAGCGUGGUUGUGGAUGACAGUGAUCUGUAUCGCUGCUGUGCCGCCAAUGCCUACGGAGAGGCCUCGUGCUCCGCUGGCCUCAGGAUCAUCCAAGUUGGCUUUAAGAAGAAGGCGAAAUAUGUUCCUGUUCAUGCUGCUGAUGAGCUCAAGAAGACACUCCUGGACUCCAAGAAGCUGCUAAGGAAGAGGGCUGCAGCACCAAAACCAAAGCCCCUGGACAAAGAAGCUGUAUGGCAGCUGCUGCUGCAUGCAGAUAAGAGAGAUUAUGAGAAAAUCUGUAUGAAAUAUGGAAUUGUUGACUUCCGUGGGAUGCUGAGGAAGCUGCAGGAGAUGAGGAAGGACACAGAGAGUGAACAAGACAAGUUAAUUCACAGGCUCAAAAACUUUGAACACAUCAGAGUCAACAAGGAGGGAAAUGCUACCUUUAGCCUGGAGAUGGAGCUGAAAAACAGCAACAGCAACGUUUACCUGCUCAAGGAUGGUGAGAGGCUCAGGUACGGGACAGGGGAUGAGUACAGGAAGCACUGCCUGAGGAGAGUUGGGAGAAGAUAUUAUUUCACUGUCAAUGAUGUGCAGCCAGAGGAUGCAGGGGUGUACCAGGUCAGGGUGGAGGACGUCCCUGUCUUCUCAACCGAACUGGAUGCUCAAGCCAUCCCGGCGCGGUUCCGGCAGCCGCUGUCCGACGUGCGCUGUGCCGAGGCCGCGGACGCCCGGUUCCAGUGUGUGCUGUGCACGCCCUGCCACGAGCCCCUGUGGCUGCACAAGAGCCACCCCCUCCAGAACAGUGCCAAGCACCAGAUCUCUGUGACACCUGAUGGCCUGAGCCACGAGCUGAUUGUCAGGAACGUGGGGCCCUCGGACAGCGGGCUGUACACGCUCGACGCGGGACAGGGCUCCUCCAGCGCCUGGCUCCUCGUGGAGUAUGCCAAAGGAAAGAGGAGACAGGAUGAAGGAGAAAAGAUUGAAAGGGAGACAUCUGAGUGGCUGAAGGAAACAAUGGCAGACAAUGAAAGGGCGAGGAAGCUUCGGCGCCAAGAACAAGCUGCUGCUGAAGAUUCUUCCUUUUCCACAUCCUCUGGUGCAGAGAAAAGUGCCUGGUACAGAACAACUCAAGGCAGCAGCCAAGGCAGGGGCCAAGGACACUCCAUUGAUUCUGAUGAUGGAAGCCAAAGAUUUUUGGGAAAAGAGGGUCUACGCAAAACCCACAUGAACGGAGAGAUGGGGUCUGGACAGUUUUCUGGAGCAGGUCUAGGUGGAGACUCAGCAGCCAAUGGUGGCAGCACCUUUGGACUAAAAGGCUUAGGAGGCAGAAGUGGGUUAAGGGCUGUCCAUGGCAGGGACUCUGUGUCAGGUCCUGGUGCUGCAGAAGGAGGGGCAGGUGAAUGGAAUUCUGUGGGUGGCAGAGGUGAGGGUGUGCUGGGUGCUGUUAACAUUGACAUGGAUGACGGAGGAGGUUUGGGCUCCCAGCAUGACAAGGAAGGGAAUUCAGGUGAUGCCAAUUACAGAGCUGGUUUUGGGGGUGCUGGAAGGUUGAGUGGUGGAAGUUCUGUGCCAGGUGGACUUGAUCCUGAUUCAGCUGGAGUGGGAGCCAGUGUGAAUGAUCUGUUCAGCAGGACUGGAGCUGGGGGGAAUGCUGCAGGUGCUGGAAUGGCAGGAGAAAUGAGGUCCCACCACGGCAAGGAUGGGCAUCCCACUGUGGGUGAUAUGUAUGGAGGUAUAAACAGAGAGGGACAAACAGGGACUCCCUAUGGCAAGGAUGGCUUGGUACCUCAUGCCAGUGGUCAGUUAGGGCAGGCAGGAAGAUCUGGCUCACUGCAUGGGCCAGGAGGCUUUCCAGGUGGAGAUGGGGCUGUACCUGCUGCACGUGGCAAUUCCACAAGAGAAAUGGAGGCUUUGUAUGGUCCAGAUGGUCGGGCACUGGGAGCAGGUGCUGGUGGUGCUGGUGGAGCUGGUGCAGGGGGAUUUGGAGCUCCCUAUGGGAAGGAUGGUCUUCCCAUUGGAGCAGGGAUUGGUGGGGCUGGUGGUGCAGGUGCACUUGGAUCUCCCUAUGGAAAGGAUGGUCUCCCAGCUGGGGCUGGUGGUGCGGGAGGAUUUGGAGAGGCUUUGUAUGGUCCAGAUGGUCAGCCACUUGGAGCAGGUGGUGGUGGUGCUUCUGGUGCAGGGAGAGUUGGAGGUUCCUAUGGAAAGGAUGGUUUCCCACUUGGAGCUGGAGUUGGUGGAGCUGUAGGUGGUGGGUUUGGAGGUGCUGGCUCUCCUUAUGGAAUGGAUGCUUUCCCAGCUGGAGCAGGUGCUGGAGGGCCUGGUGCAGGGGGACUUGGAGGUCCCUAUGGGAAGGAUGGUCUCCCAGCUGGAGCAGGUGCUGGUGGUGCUGGAGGAUUUGGGGAGGCUUUGUAUGAUGGUCGGCCACUUGGAGCAGGUGUUGGUGAUAUGGCUGGUGCUGGUGAAGGGGGACUUGGAUCUCCAUGUGGAAAGGGUGGUCUCCCAGCUGGGGCUGGUUUUGGUGGUCUUGGUGCAGCGGGACUUGGAGCUCCCUAUGGGAAGGAUGGUCUUUCCAUUGGAGCAGGUAUUGGUGGGGCUGGUGGUGCAGGGGGAGCUGGGGGUCCCUAUGGAAAGGAUGGUCUCCCAGCUGGAGCUGGUGUUGGUGUUGGUGGUUCAGGUGGUCCCUAUGGAAAGGAUGGUCUCCCAGCUGGAGCUGGUGUUGGUGUUGGUGGUUCAGGUGGUCCCUAUGGAAAGGAUGGUCUCCCAACUGGAGCUGGUGUUGGUGGUGCAGGAGGAUUUGGAGAGGCUUUAUAUGGUCCAGAUGGUCAACCACUUGGAGCAGGUGUUGGUGGUGCUGGUCCUGUGAGGGCCAGGGGAAUUGGAGCUCCCUAUGGAAAGGAUGGUCUCCCAGUUGGAGCUGGUUCAGGGGGAGCUGGGGGUCCCUAUGGAAAGGAUGGUCUCCCAGUUGGAGCUGGUGCUGGUGUUGGUGGUUCAGGGGGUCCCUAUGGAAAGGAUGGUCUCCCAGUUGGAGCUGGUGCUGGUGGUUCAGGGGGUCCCUAUGGAAAGGAUGGUCUCCCAGUUGGAGCUGGUGUUGGUGUCGGUGGUGCAGGGGCAGCUGGGGGUCCCUUUGGAAAGGAUGGUCUGCCAGCUGGGACUGGUGUUGGUGGUGCAGAGGGAGUUUUGGGUCCCUAUGGAAAGGAUGGUCUCCCAGUUGGAACUGGUGUUGGGGGAGCUGGGGGUCCCUAUGGAAAGGAUGGUCUCCCAGUUGGAGGUGGUGUUGGUGGUGCAGGGGGUGUCUAUGGAAAGGAUGGUCUCCCAGUUAGGGCUGUUGUUGGUGGGGUUGGUGGUGAAGGAGAAGUUGGAGCUCCCUUUGGAAAGGAUGGUCUGCCAGCUGGGACUGGUGCUGGUGGUGCAGGGGGUCCCUAUGGAAAGGAUGGUCUCCCAGUUGGAGCUGGUGCUGGUGGUGUAGGGGCAGCUGGGGGUCCGCAUGGAAAGGAUGGUCUCCCAGUUGGAGCUGGUGUUGGUGUUGGUGGUGCAGGGGGAGUUUUGGGCCCCUAUGGAAAGGAUGGUCUCCCAGUUGGAGCUGGUGUUGGUAGUUCAGGUGGUCCCUAUGGAAAGGAUGGUCUCCCAGCUGGAGCAGGAUCUGGUGUUGGUGGUUCAGGUGGUCCCUAUGGAAAGGAUGGUCUCCCAGCUGGAGCAGGAUCUGGUGUUGGUGGUUCAGGUGGUCCCUAUGGAAAGGAUGGUCUCCCAGUUGGAGCUGGUGUUGGUGUUGGUGGUUCAGGUGGUCCCUAUGGAAAGGAUGGUCUCCCAGUUGGAGCUGGUGCUGGUGUUGGUGGUUCAGGUGGUCUCUAUGGAAAGGAUGGUCUCCCAGCUGGAGCAGGAGCUGGUGUUGGUGGUGCAGGGGGAGUUUUGGGUCCCUAUGGAAAGGGUGGUCUCCCAGCUGUGGCAGGAGCUGCUCAUUUUCCUCCUGGGGGUGAGGAAGUGAUGGGAUCUGGCUGUGGCACGGAUGGCACACUGAGCAGAGCUCCAGGAUAUGCAGGUGGAGCAGGAGGAGAGGGCUUUUCUGGGGAAGGCUCUGCACCGUGGGGUGCAGGGUCUGCCUAUGGCAAGGACAGAGGUUCAGCUGUAGCCAUGGCUGGUGCAGGUGGGGUUGGGAACUUGGGAGGGGAUGAAUGGGAUUCAGUCUACGUUAAAGAAGGUGUAGGUGGUGCUGGUGGAUCACGUGGUGAAUAUGGGCUGGAUGCACAUCCUGGUAGAUCUUCGAGAGGUGAAACUGGAAAGGGCACUCCUGGUGAUGUCCGAGGGCCAGGGAACAAAGGCUCAGCUGGUGACAGAGGGUCCCUGUCAGGUCCAGGAGGAGCCAGGGCAGAAGGCAGAGAUUUCGGGCAGUUGGGCUCCCUUUAUGGCACAAAUUCUGCCUCUGGAAAGGCAGGGAGUAAAUCCCAUGACAGAUCUGUUGAUGGGAGUAGUUCAAGUGGGCUUGGUCAAGGUCCACUGAGCUAUGGCCAGAUGUCAGGUCCUUUUGGUGGACCUCCUUCAGCAAAUCAGAGAAACCAGGAACCUGACCUGGAUCUUAAAGCAAAUGAUUCCCUGAACAACACGGAAAGCACAGGACAAAAGAGACGGAGUGUCCUGGAUGAUCUCAAAGUCCCACGCUGUUACCUCAACAAGCAGCUGGCAACCGUGCGAGUGCUGAAGGGCGAGCCAGCCGAGCUGUCCUGCACUGUCAGCAAGGACAAUGUGACAGCAACCUGGUUUAAGGAUGGCCUAAAGUUAACAAGCAUGGAUGGAGUCGUCUUUGAAAAGAAAGGUCUUGUCCACAAAUUGAUCAUUAACAAAGCUGAAGAUAUUCAUGCUGGUAAAUACAGGUUUGAAGGUGGAGAUGUAAAAACUGAAGCUUCAAUUUUUGUUGAAGAUCCUCCCCAAGUGGACAAAGUACUCCUGAAGAACUUGACCAGUGUCCCCACGGUGGCCAAGGCUGGGGAGGCGGUGAAGCUGCGGAUCCCGUUCAAGGGUCGAGGGCCCAUCAGGGCAGCGUGGCUGAAGGACAGGAUGGAGCUGGGGGAUGACACCAGGAUCCGUGUGGACAAGACAGACACCUGCACCACACUGUCCAUCUCCAGCUGCAGCAGGAGGGACUGUGGGGAUUACAAAGUCAGGCUCAAGAACGACAGUGGGACACUGGAGAUCAACCUAAAGCUCGUGGUGAUAGACAAGCCACAGGCCCCAGCAGGACCCAUAAAAAUUGUGGAAAACUCUGCCAACAACAUCACGAUCCAGUGGAAGCCCCCAAAGGAUGACGGGGGCAAACCAGUGCAAAGGUACCUCAUAGAGAGGCAGCAGGUGGGCAGGAACGACUGGGAGACCUUGGGAGAAACCCCCAGGAGCUGCAGCACCUUCACCACGAGCAAAGUGGAGGAAGAGAUGAGCUACUACUUCAGGGUGAGGGCCAUGAAUGCCGAGGGAGUGAGUGAUGCGCUGGAGUCGGGGGAAGUCAAGGCUGCUGGUAAAGCUUCCCCUGGUGCCCCAGAUCCCCCUGAGAUCAUCAGUGCCAGCAGGGACACCAUCACCAUAUCCUGGAAAGCUCCUUGUAAAACUGGCACUUCCCAAAUUAUGGGAUACAUUGUUCAGAAACGCAAGAAGGGCACUGUGACCUGGCUGCCAGUCACCAAGGUGCCUGUCAAAGACAAGAAGCUGAAGGUGACCAGCCUGAAGAAGGGUGUGCAGUACGAGUUCCGUGUGGCAGCUGUCAAUGCUGCAGGCACAGGACAGCCCAGUGACCCCUCAGAGGCCGCCUUUGCCCAGGAUCCCACCAAAUCUCCAGGCCAAGUGCAGGACCUUAGAGUGAGCAGUAGUGACAGCACCAGCGUCACCUUGACAUGGAACAAACCUGAAGUACAAGAUGGGAAUGAUGUGAAAGGCUACGAGGUGGAGAUGAGGCCCUGUAACAGCUCCAGCUGGACCAAGUGCUUCACCCUCCCUGCAGAGAGCACCUGCUGCAGGCUCCAGGGCCUCCAGGCCGGGGAGAAGCUGCUCCUGCGCGUGACGGCCCUCGGCACCAGCGGCCACGGGGAGCCCCUGGAGCUCGAGACUCGUGCUGGAGCUGCUGCUCCCGUGGUCUCUCCCAGGUUUCUGAUAGAUGACACAGUGAAAAGCUUCCUGGUUAUAAAAGCAGGGAAUCCCAUCCAGGUGAAGAUUCCCUUUGAGGGAUCUCCUGAGACGGUGGUGACCUGGUUAAAGGAUGGGCUCCCCCUUCCCAGCCGGGCUGCCGUGAGCACCAAGGAUGGAAGCGCCCAGCUGCUGCUCAGGGCAGCUGAGAUCAGUCACAGCGGCACCUACAGCAUCGAGCUCGGGGAUGGGCUGGGGAAAAGGGAAACCUUCAGCUUCCAGCUUCAAAUUACAGAUGUCCCUCAGCCCCCUGGAGCCAUCCAGCUGGAGGAGAAUGUGCCCAACACAGUGACAGUGACCUGGGACCCCUCAGCAUCUGAGCAGUGGGAGAAGAACCUCUAUUACACUGUCCUGAAACGGGAAUCCCAGAAGGGUCUGUGGCAUGUGCUGGGGGACCUGAUCUACAACAACAAGUUCACCUUCACCAGGGUGGUUCCAGGCAGGGAUUAUUACUUCAGGGUUGUGGCAAGAAAUGACCUGGGAGCCAGUGAUCCAUCAGAGACUGUGCAGCCCUGGAGGAUCUGGAAAAAAAAGGCUGAGUUUCGAGUGCAAGCACAGAAGUACAGGGGAGUUAACCAGAACCAGCCCCCGAGGUUCCUGGUGCCACUCAAGUGCCAUGUCGUGGUGACAGGCAGCGAGUGUCGCAUGAGCUGCGCUGUUGGGGGCCAUCCCCCUCCCAAAAUCAAAUGGUACAAGGACAGCAGAGACCUAUCCAGAGAUCCCAACUACUUCUGCACCAACGACUUUGGAGUGUGCUCCCUGGUGGUGCUGGGGGUCACCAAGCAGGAUGAGGGGGAGUACAUGGUGGAAGCCAGCAAUGAAAUGGGCCGUGCCUUCAGCAAAGCCUUCCUCGCCAUCAAAGACUCCUCCCUGUAGCGUGGCCCUGCUGAGAACAUCCCUGCAUGGCUCCCAGGAUGAGAAGGUUUGGGUGAGGACUCCUCCAUAUGAAGGCUGUGCAUUUAUGGUCAGGUGUUCUUCAUAGACUGAGGGCAUUAUUUUUCAGAUCCAGUAAUUGUACUUUGAACAUGAUGCUGCAUUGUCAUCAAUACUGAGGGAAAAAAGCUUUAAGAGCACUGUAUUUUAUUUUUUUUUAAUGAUCAGGCUAUCCAUGAGACCUUUAAAACACAGCUUAGAAGCUUCACAAACACAGAAGAUGUGAGGAAAAAUAAUUGGCCGAAAUGAAACUUUCUGUGGAGAACACAGAUGGAAGAGAUCAUCUUGCCACACCACUCACCCACAACAAGGACAUUUCUGGACAUCAGGGGUCUCUGGUCCUUUAACAUAUGCUUUUUCAAGCCAAAACAAACACUUUGGAUCCCAUGUGAUUCUCUGCAGGUUUCCCAAAUCUGGCAGAAGCAGUUCUGCAUGUGUUCUACUACCAGUAGCAUCUAAAUAGAUUAUCUAACCCCUAAGUCAUUUUGUCUGGGCAGGAGAUGAAAUCUCAGACCAGCCUGGCAUGGGGUAGCUGAAAUUCCCAUUGCAAAGUGGGAAGGACUGUAAGUCUACAAGCAGUGUGUGAGCAGAGCAACUCCCCAAACCCCCAGCAUGUGCUGUACAAAGGCUGUGCCAGUCCUGAACCACCCCCAGCAUCAUCCUGUGCAUACCCCCGCUCAUUGCACUGCUGGGAGCCUUUUGCCUUGUGCUGAAAGAGGUGAAAAAUCCUUCCUGUCUGACCAGAAAUAUGAGGGACCCCUGCAGUGGCCAGGGGUUUCCAUCACAGCAAAACGUUCUGCUGGCUGUAAGAGGGUGUCACAGCCAGGGCACCAAGGGUACUUUGUGACAGGAGAGAGCAGAGCCAAACACAGCUGUGGGGCUGGAAUGUUCCUUCGGAUUACGUGUUGUACAAUG